ACCACCAAACAAAUUAUUACCGUCUUUAUUCUCUAACUAAAUUCCAAGUUUGACUUCACCAAGAUUAAAUCAAACUUUAUUCUUUGAUUUUUUUUAAAUUUUGUUCUUAAAAUGAUUUUAAUGUGACCUAAGAUUAAAAAAAAACUUUUUAUGUGUUUGACUUUGUAUGCGUUGAGCUAAACCCCGACCUAUAGUAUUUGACUUAUUCCAAUACACGCCCGCAUGGGUAGGUCAAGAGCGGUGAAAUCUUGGACCGAUGACCAGGGAUCGAGUCCCGCAAGCGGCAGUGUGGGAGCUAUCCAAAAAUCCCAUAAAGGCUAUCUUCUUCUCCGGCAAGAGCUCGCCCGAGCAAGAAGCGGCGGCUCUUCGCGACAGUAAUUGGUGGUUGAAUUGCAGCCAAGUCAACUUCAACACAAGCGACCACUGCACAUGGCCUGGCAUAGCUUGCGAUCGGAACGGGAGUGUCACGCAAAUUGCGUUACCUCCGGAUUGGCACUCGCACUGCGCUGCAAUCGGCGACAAGUUUCGCCGGCUAAGCUUUUCGUCCUUACCGAACUUGGCCGUCCUCAAUCUCACCGGGCAGGAACUUGCAGGUACGAUUCCGAUCGAGAUUGGAAGCCUUAGAAAUCUCGCUGUACUUGACUUGUCUUCGAAUAGAUUAAGAGAUCUCUUGUCUAGUCUUGUUAGGAACCUCACGAGUUUGUUAGAGCUCGAUGUUUCCAGUAAUUCGUUUUAUGGACCAGUUCCACCUGAAAUAGGGAGUCUGGGAAGUUUAGUGAAAUUGAAGGUUGGUUCGAAUUCGUUGCAGGGUUUGAUUCCGUCUAGUCUUGGAAAUUUGAAGAGUCUAGUUAGAUUGGAAUUGCGGGACAAUUACCUGACUGGCUCGAUUCCUAAGUCUAUAGGAGAAUUAGAGAAUUUGGAAGUGCUUGAUCUUGGUUUCAACAUGAUCAAUGCAACCAUUCCUUCGCAAAUCACCCAUUUGAAGAAGCUUGUUACUUUAGAUUUACAGGUUAAUCAACUUGAGGGAUUAAUUCAUCCGUGGGUAGGGAAGUUAAAAGAGUUGGAAGUGAUCGAUCUUAGUUACAAUAACUUUGCUGGUCCGAUUCCUUCGACGAUUGGGAAAUUGGUCAAUUUGAAAGUUUUUCGUCUUGGGAACAAUUGGAUCAAUGGAAGCAUUCCGUCAGAAAUUGGAUACUUGAAGGACUUGUCCAAAUUGGAGCUUCAUGUUAACAAUAUCUCCGGUCCAUUGCCUACCCCACUUGGGAAUAUGAAGAAGUUGACCUUAGCGAUUCUCUCAACGAAUUGGAUAAGUGGCUCUAUUCCAUCAGAAUUGGGAGGUUUAGAGAAUCUAAUGACAUUGGACUUGUCAAGCAACAAUCUCACUGGAAGGAUCCCUUUGUCCCUAGGUAAACUUAGGAACCUCCGUUCUCUUCGUCUUGGUUGGAACCUUUUGGAUGGUCCUGUACCGAAAGAAUUAGGUAACUUGACGCAAUUGCAGGUUCUUGACUUGUCUACAAAUUGGUUAGAAGGUCAGUUACCAGAUGCUCUUGGAAGCCUUACAAGUUUAUUUGAGUUUGAUGUUUCCAAUAAUGCAUUGUACGGUUUUAUUCCACCUGAAAUCGGGUUCAUGAGAAGCCUAGCCAAAUUGAACCUAAGUAUCAAUUCGUUGAAUGGUUCGAUUCCAACGAGUUUUGGAAAUUUGAAGGGUUUGUUCGAAUUGGAUCUUUCAACAAAUUGGGUCAGUGGUUCUAUUCCUUCAUUCGAACAUCUACUUAUGCUCAGACAGUUAAACCUAUCAAGAAACACAUUGAAAGGUACUAUCCCUAUGGAAGUGCUCUCAAGAAGGUUAGAUCUAGUAGACUUGAGCUAUAAUAAUCUCUCUGGAAAGCUUCCAACGAACUUCACAUGGCAAGUGUCUGAAAUUGAUCUAUCAUUUAACUCCUUCAGUGGUAUACUUCCUUGUACUCUACACCAAAAUCGUCACUAUAAAUUUGGUGGAAACAAAGGUUUAGUGCAUGAAUCAUGCAAGACAUCUCAACUUCUGCCCCCACCUGCGAGUGCUCAUAGUGAAAAUGGACGAAGCAGAACCAAGAAGGUUGUGAUAAUCGCAAUCUGCACAGGAUGUCUUGCAUGCAUUAUUCUUGUCUUCUUUUUAUCAUCUCGAAUUAAGAAAGACGUGAUAACAAACUCCGAAUCGGAGAAAGAAGAAUCAACAAAUGCAGACUUGACUGCAGUAUGGAACUUCGAUGGGAAAAUUGCUUUCCAAAAUAUUAUUACAGCAACUGAAGACUUUGACAUCAAGUAUUGUAUAGGAACCGGUGGUUAUGGCAGUGUUUAUAAAGCAAAACUUCCAAGUGGAAAGGUCGUCGCAGUGAAGAAACUCCAUCAUUAUGAAGCUGAAGAACCAGAAUUUGACAGAAGUUUUAAAAACGAAGCAAAAAUGCUGACAGAGAUUCGCCAUAGGAACAUUGUAAAACUUCAUGGGUUCUGUUUGCAUAGAAGAUCGAUGUUCUUAAUUUACGAGUACAUGGACAAGGGAAGCCUUUUUUAUGUCCUCAGAAAUGAUGUCGAAGCUGUUGAGCUAGAUUGGGGAAAAAGAGUGAGCAUCAUCAAUGGCGUGGCACAAGCUUUAUCUUAUAUGCACCAUGAUUGCAGUCCUCCAAUUGUUCAUCGAGACAUUUCGAGCAACAACAUCUUGUUAAACUCCAAUUUAGAAGGCUUCCUCUCAGAUUUCGGCACUGCUAGACUCCUUAGUCCUCAUUCGUUGAAUCAAACAGUACUUGCCGGUACAAAAGGUUAUAUAGCCCCAGAGCUUGGAUGCACUAUGAUCGUGAACGAACGAUGUGAUGUAUACAGCUUUGGAGUAGUUGCAUUAGAAACAAUAAUGGGAAAACAUCCUGAAGAAGUUAUUUUGUUACUUGCAUCAAAGUCUCAUCAAGACAAAGUGCUGAUAGAUCUGUUAGAUCCACGCAUCUUACCUCCAUCAAGCAAGAAAGAUGCACAGAGCAUUGCUAUUACAACCAAAAUUGCACUCUCAUGCUUGAACUCUAACCCGAAAUUGAGACCAACGAUGAAACAAGUUUGUGCAGAGCUCAACGUUUGUGAUAGGACGGGUUUGCAUCAACCUCUAGAUGCCAUAUCAAUUUGGAGUUUGGUAAUGAAUGCAGGUAUUUGAAGUUGUGUUCCACAAACAUUAGCGUAGAUUUUAAUGGGAAACAUUGACAGCUCUCGUUGUUUCUUACAUCUCAAGCCAACCAAGGCAGUAGACACCAACAUAAAUAAUUGAAGCUCUGGUAUAUUCAUUUAAUGUCCCAACGUAUACUGCUCUGAUGCUUUGUUAAUUUCAUGCAUUCUACUAGUAUAGUACUCCGUAGUAUUUACCAAUAGUGUUGUGAUUAUCUAUGUGCUUGAUGUAAAAAAAAAUGAAAGUCUUAUCUAAUA